AUGUUAGGUCAAGAAGCAGAAGUCUUGAUGGCAGGAGUAGGCAUCUUCGCCGCAUAUCAUGGUCGCCAUGAUUUGACAGCCAAGGCAUUUCUUAACGUCAAUAAUGAAAUAUUUUAUCGAACAGGUGACCUUGUUCGAAUGGAUAGCAAUGGUCUUCUUCAUUAUCAAGGAAGAAAAGAUCAUCAAAUUAAGUUGCAUGGACAGCGGAUUGAACUUGGAGAAAUCGAACAAUGUUUACUUAAUACAUCAAUUUCUGCUUGUGUUGUCGUCAAAUGGGAUGAUGAUCAUCUCGUUGCCUACGUGCAAGGUAGUGACAUUGAUAAGGAGAAGCUACACGAUCACUGCUGCUCUCGACUACCACCCUUUAUGGUUCCAUCAAUAAUCAUACUGCUAUGGAUCCAUUCGAAUAGCAUGUCUCGUGAACACUCUUUGUUUAUGCUGCAUAGGGAGAAGUUCAAAUGUGCGUUCUUCUGAAAGAGUAUGCAAAUAGGAAUGGUCUUAGUGGUUAUUUAAUCAUGCCGGAAAGUCGUUUGCUUCGUAUUUAUGUAUUGAUGUUCGACGAUAGUAUUGUGUUUGUCUGUAUGUUUCUGCAAACACAUCCAUUUAUUUCAAGAAACUAUGUGAAGUUUUUUGUGAUUUUAGAGAGGAUAGUCUAACUGGUAUUUAGUAUCUUUAUGGGAAAGUGUAUCAAUAGAUGCGAGAAUGGUUUAUGAUGAUGAAAUGUAGUAAUUGGGAGAAGGAUUCGCUUGUCAAAUAUAUUAUUGAUGAGAUAGUUAAAUAUAUUGUUGGGUUCUUUUAAUUACUUUUCGUUUUGCGCAUUUGCACGGUAUCUGCGCAAUUUAGAUGCGAUUUCGUUGAAACGAUGAGCAGAAUGUGGUUUGUGAUGGAUACCUCCUUAGAGAAAAUUGAAGCUUGAAAAAUUGUUUUUUUGCCUAUUGGUAUUAGAGAUCUGAGACUCGCCAAGUUUCUCUGCCUCGCCUCGUCUCGCGGCAGGGUUACCAGAUCUUCCGAAAUGACAGAAAAAAUUCCGAAUUUUGACUUUUUUCCGACGGUGUUCCGAAUUUCCAAAUUCUUCCGAAUCGAGAUUCUUUUCCGAAUUUUUUCCGAAUUUCACUUUUUACUUCGCAAUUUACUCAGAUGAACAUAUAACAGCUGUUGACCUUUAUCGAAUUAUUUCUGAUUUAAUUUAAAAAAUUUGAACAACGACUGGACGAUCAUUAUUUUGGCAAUAAAGCACAUACGAUACUCAACUGUUUAAAGAUUCUGAUAAGAAUAAAGCUGAAGAAUUACAACAAUCAUUUGAAUCAUUCAUCAAAGUUACUAUUGAAUAUAGUAAUUCAUAUUUUGAUAAAGAUCGCAAUUUCUGUGAAAAAUUAUUGGUUUUUGAUUGUCAUUCUACUUGAUUUCUCAUAGGGGAAUAUGUUAUGAACGUUCUUGAUCUGAUCAAGAUUGAUGAUUCAAAUAAAGAUGAACUAUAUAAUGAAUAUUGUGAACUAAAAUUUAUGUAGAAUAAUUUGAAAAAUAAAAAUGUGACAUGGAAUAAAUAAUAAAAUCAUGUAUUUCAAAUAAAGAUGCUCAUAAAGCAUAAUCAACAGCAUACAACGAAGGAAGUCGUUUAUGUGAUGACAG